CGCCUCUCCACAGCUGAUGCCCGCGCCCUGUCAAUCUCUAUCCCGGCAGAGAGAGAGGACGGGGGGAAACCGAACCAGAGCGGGUCCGCGGGGGGAAGAGGCGCAUGAAAACAUCCAUGGGUGGCUGUGUGGGCAGUCAUCAUGAUUCUUCAGGCAGUUUAAACGAAAACUCGGACGGAACCGGAGUUGCACUGGGGCGAAACCAGCCCCUGAAGAGAGAGAAGCCUAAAUGGAAGAGCGACUACCCAAUGACGGAUGGGCAACUGCGCAGCAAGCGUGAUGAAUUCUGGGACACGGCACCGGCUUUUGAAGGCCGCAAGGAAAUCUGGGAUGCACUUAAAGCGGCUGCCCAGGCCUUUGAGAGCAAUGACCACGAACUUGCUCAAGCCAUCAUUGAUGGAGCCAGCAUAACAUUACCACACGGCGCUCUGACUGAAUGCUACGAUGAGCUGGGGAACCGCUACCAGCUGCCUGUCUACUGCCUCUCCCCUCCUGUAAACAUGAUUGAGGAAAAGAGCGAGUCGGAGACCAUUGAGGUCCCAGAAGCUCCAGCCAGCGAGGGCCAAGAAUGCCAGUUGCGCCUACGUCUCUCUACAGGCAGGGAUCUGCGCCUGGCAGUCCGCACCAGCGACAGUGUCCAGCAGAUGAAGCGGCGUCUGCAGACCCAGGAAGGCGUAGCGGCCACCAGCCAGCGCUGGUUCUUCUCAGGCCGACCGCUCACCGACAAGAUGAAGCUGGAAGAAUUGAAGAUCUCAAGAGACUAUGUCGUCCAGGUGAUCGUCAGCCAGCCUCCCACAACCCCGCCACUGCCGCAGAACCCGACCCCAGUGGAAAAUUAAGGGGAUGCUAACCGACUCACCAAUUGGAGAUUGUGUGUGUGGGUUGCUAGAUCUCUUCGAUUUGAGAUUGGCCGUCUAGAACAUCUCUAGAGGCUUCUCUCUUCAAACACUCACUGCCUUCGAGCUCUUCUUAAGGAGUUUUUUGGUUAAAAGCCUCAGGUCUUAAACAAACUGGAGCCCUGAAUUGACCAAUAUAGGUUGAAUGAGUUUUGGCAAGGGAAACUUAAUAAUGCUUUGUUAUUUUCAAGAUUAUGAAGUUGUUCUUCAUAUUCUGUUCUGUUUUUGUGAUGAGACCAUAUGUCUGCAAGGCAGACCAAAAGUGCGGACCUGCCCGUGUCUGUCAGAAUUCUGAAACUGAGGGACACUGGAGGAACUUUUUUUGGCUUUCAGCAACAGGAGGCUCACUUGUUGGACCAUUUUCGUAAUUUUCGAUUUAUUAGAGACUCUCUAACCAAAAAUAUAUUAAGAUUUUUAAGAAGAGGAGGCCUGUUACAUGUGGCAAAAACAAUGCCGGUUUUGUUCCCCUGACCUUUCCUGCCAUCUUUGAUACUUGUUGUUCUUCAGAUAACCUUUUGAUUUAAACAGCGUUCAUUUAACUCUUUAUUUCAAAAGAGACAAGUUUUUCCCAGUCUGAAAGGUUAGUACAUCUGCUCAUUUUGGAACAUCUCCCUAAAGCUGAGCUUGUGGUUGUCACACUUUCCUGAUAACUUUCAUUUCAGAGAGAUAUUUUGAUCGAUAUCCUCACAUAUUUGACUCUCACUCCCUGUCAAACCAUCCGCCCACAAGUGUGAAAUCGGUAUGGAAGGAAGAUUUCAGUCAUUACCCGCGCGACCGUUCGUAUUCUUUGUAAAUCGUGGCACUUUUAAGAACUUAUUCAGCUCUGCGAGGUUGCCAUGGCGCUGUGCUUUGCCUCACGCAUCCCAAGUAUAUAUAAGGGUGACGUGGGGGUAAUGGUGUAAUGAGGGUUUCUAUACGCGUGAAUGGGGAAGCAAUGAGCAAGUGAUUUAAUGGAAGGAGAAGAAUAUGCAAUGGCUGGAUAUUUCUACACCAAGGUGUAUGGGAAGACAAAUAUGGAUUGGGAGGACACACAGCAUUGUUGUGUCCACACCUAGGAUGUUUAGGUGUCAUCUCUGAAUGUAGCUCAAAAAGGACAUUCUCAUAAUACUCUAUAUACAUGUUGUUUUUUAUUUGAUUUAGUUUUGGCCUUUGUGUUGAGAGGAACAGUGGAAAUGAUGAGCCAGAUUUGAAUGAGCAGCACAGCUCAAUAUGUAGUAGCAUGUGUGCUAACCGCUAGCUCACGAUUUAAGUGUUUUUAAAUGGAUUUAGCGUCCUGUUGAAAGAGAAUUUCAAAAACUGUUGCAUAUUUUAAUGAUACAGAAUGCGUUUUUAAUUAAAAAAUGCUGAAACAUUUGUACACUUCA